UUCUAAGAUUUUUUUUUUUUUUUUUUUUUGUUUAGAUUGCAGUGAAAAAUGAUGAAGGAGGACGGUGGAGAUGGGAAGAGGAAGAAAAGGAAUGAGCAGAAGGUGCCGUUUUAUAAGCUGUUCUCUUUCGCGGAUAAUCAAGACAUCGUUCUCAUGACGGUGGGAUCCAUCGCCGCCGUGGCCAACGGCCUUUCACAACCGUUCAUGACUGUCAUCUUCGGCCGGCUCAUUAACUCCUUUGCGUCCUUGGAUCCGUCCCAUGCAGUUCAGGAGGUUUCGAAGCAUCAAUCUGGUACAGACAUUCCAACUGAAUUUCUAACGAUUUUUAGCGUUGAAGUUAUCCUACUAUUUGCUUACUUGGCAAUUUAUGCCGCCAUAGCCGCAUUCCUUCAGGUGGCGUGUUGGAUGGUGACUGGAGAAAGACAGGCCAAUCGCAUCCGUGCUUUGUACUUGAAAACCAUAUUGAGACAGGACAUUGGUUACUUUGACACUGAUACGACCACGGGAGAAGUGAUUGGAAGAAUGUCAGGGGAUACAGUUCUCAUUCAAGAUGCAAUGGGGGAGAAGGUUGGAAAAUUUAUGCAAGUUGUCUCAACAUUUGUUGGUGGCAUUGUAAUUGCUUAUGCAAGAGGAUGGCUUCUCGCACUAGUCGUAUCUACUUUUCUUCCUUGCAUUGUCGUGGCAGGAGGUGCCUCGGCACUGAUGAUGGCAAAAUUUUCAAGCCGCGGACAGCUUGCAAAUGCAGCAGCUGGAGGUGCAGUAGAACAAACAGUUUCAGCCAUUCGAACGGUUGCAUCCUUCACGGGGGAGAAGCGGGCAAUAGAAAAAUACAACAGUAAGCUACAGAUUGCCUACAAGGCUACUGUCCACCAAGGACUAGCCUCAGGUUUACAACUUGGUGUAAUGCUGUUUGUUAUCUUUGGUGGCUAUUCACUUGCCACAUGGUAUGGAUCCAAACUAAUUGUUGAAAAAGGAUACAGUGGUGGGCAAGUCAUCAAUGUCAUCAUGGCAUUAAUGAUUGGUGGAUUGUCUAUCAGUCAGGCGUCUCCUUGUAUGAACGCAUUUGCAUCUGGACAGGCAGCAGCUUAUAAGAUGUUUGAGACAAUCAAAAGAAAACCAACAAUUGAUCCUUAUGACACUUCUGGAAUAGUGCUAGAAGACUUCCGGGGUGACAUUGAACUCAAGAAUGUGUUUUUCAGGUACCCUGCCAGACCUGAUGUGGAGAUAUUUUCUGGUUUCUCAAUACAUAUUCCUAGUGGCAAAACUGCAGCGCUGGUGGGGCAGAGUGGAAGUGGGAAAUCAACAGUUAUUAGCCUGGUUGAGAGAUUCUAUGAUCCUGAUUCUGGGGAAGUACUUGUGGAUGGGGUUGAUUUGAAAAAAUUGCAGCUCAGAUGGCUAAGGGAACAAGUUGGGCUAGUUGGUCAGGAGCCUACUCUGUUUGCAACUACCAUUAGGGAAAACAUAGCAUAUGGCAAGGAAAAUGCAACUGAUCAGGAGAUUAGAACAGCAAUUGAACUUGCUAAUGCUGCAAAGUUCAUUGACAAGUUGCCUCAGGGGCUGGAUACAAUGCUGAGCGGAACUCAGCUUUCUGGAGGACAGAAGCAAAGACUUGCAAUUGCUAGAGCCAUUAUAAAGAACCCAAAAAUCCUCCUCCUGGAUGAGGCUACAAGCGCACUGGAUGCUGAAUCUGAACGGAUUGUUCAAGAUGCAUUGGAAAAAAUCAUGAUGGACAGAACGACUGUGGUGGUGGCACAUCGUCUGACCACCAUCAGGAAUGCAGACAUUAUUGCAGUGGUGCACCAAGGGAAACUUGUGGAGCAAGGAACUCAUGAUGAAUUGGUCAGAGACCUCGAAGGUGCAUAUUCACAACUAAUUCGUCUGCAAGAGGGAGCAAAAGAAGCUACAGAUGCUCACGUGGGAAUUGCUUCCGAUGCAGAUAAGUUAAUGCCCAGGUCUCUCAGCCUGGGUUCGAAUCUCAGAUCGGGAAGCAGAAAUUCAUCAAGCAGACACAGCUCCUUCCAUCUAAGCUUUGGUUUUCCGAGUCUGGAUGGCAUGAGGCCAACUGAAGAAGAAAGUGAGGACAACCAUCCUAGUAUCAAAGCAGACACCGAAAAGAGCAAGGCGGUUUCCAUGAGAAGGCUGGCAUACCUGAACAAGCCAGAGUUACUGAUACUUUUAGUAGGUUCCAUUGCUGCAGCCAUACAUGGAUUGAUCUUCCCCAUAUAUGGUCUCUUAUACUCAUCCGCCAUUAAAUCCUUCUUUGAACCACCGAAGAUGCUUCUACAAGAUUCAAAGAAGUGGGCACUCUUGUUCUUGGGAAUGGGCUUGAUUAAUCUUGUAGCUGCACCCCUCCAAAAUUACUUUUUCGGCAUUGCUGGUGGAAAAUUGAUUGAGAGAAUCCGAUCCUUGACAUUCCAGAAGGUUGUCCACCAAGAAAUCCGUUGGUUUGAUGAUCCUGCAAAUUCAAGUGGUGCCAUCUGUGCAAGGUUAUCUACCGAUGCUUCUCUGGUGAAAUGUCUUGUUGGUGAUACCAUGGCCCUGAUUGUCCAGAACAUAGCUACUGUCUUUGCUGGAUUAAUAAUCGCAUUCACUGCAAACUGGAUAUUGACUUUAGUAAUUCUGGCAGUUUCACCACUUUUUUUUGUUCAAGGAUUUCUUCAGGCAAGAUUUAGAGAAGGGUUUAGUGCAGAUGCAAAGUUGAUGUAUGAAGAGGCGAGUGAAGUUGCCAAUGAUGCCGUAGGAAGCAUCAGAACAAUUGCAUCCUUCUGUUCGGAGAAGAAAGUGAUGGAUUUGUACCAGAAGAAAUGUGAUGCCCCCAUGAAACAUGGAAUCAGAUUAGGAAUUGUUAGUGGCAGUGGCUUUGGUUUCUCCUUCUUUGCUUUGUACUGUACAAACGCCUUGUGUUUUUACAUUGGAGCGUUACUCGUGCAGAAAGGGUUAGCAACGUUUCCACAAGUGUUUAGGGUGUUCUUUGCAUUGACGAUUUCGGCUGUUGGCAUUUCACAAUCAAGUGCCUUGGCUCCUGACACCAACAAAGCCAAGGAUGCAACUGCGUCCAUAUUUGCAAUUCUAGAUAGCAAACCCAAGAUUGAUUCCAGUAGCAGUGACGGCCUGAUUCCAUCCUCUGUGACUGGUAGCAUUAAACUUGAGCAUGUCAGUUUCAAAUACCCAACAAGGCCAGAUAUUGAAAUAUUCAAAGACUUGUGCUUGAGCAUCCCUGCCGGGCAGACCGUAGCACUUGUUGGAGAAAGUGGUUGCGGAAAGUCGACAGUGAUCAGCCUGAUCGAGAGGUUUUAUGAUCCUGAUUCUGGCUGUGUGUUGUUGGACGGAGUUGAUAUCCGCAAGCUAAAGAUAAACUGGUUGAGGCAACAGAUAGGGUUGGUUGGCCAAGAGCCGAUUCUCUUCAAUGAAAGCAUCCGAGCAAACAUUGCCUACGGUAAACAGGGAGAAACCACAGAGGAAGAGAUCAUUGCAGCAACAAUAGCAGCAAAUGCACAUAACUUCAUCAGCUCGUUACCUCAGGGCUACGACACCAACGUUGGUGAACGUGGGGUGCAGUUGUCUGGCGGCCAAAAGCAGCGGAUAGCCAUUGCCAGAGCCAUAAUCAAGGACCCAAGUAUCCUAUUGCUUGACGAGGCAACCAGUGCGCUGGAUGCAGAGUCAGAGCGUGUGGUGCAGACAGCACUAGACAAAGUCACGGUUAACAGAACAACUGUGGUGGUGGCUCACCGCCUUGCCACCAUCAGAGGAGCUGAUAUCAUUGCGGUGGUGAAGAAUGGAGUGAUUGCCGAGAAGGGACCGCAUGAUAUGUUGAUGAAGAUCACUGACGGAGCAUAUGCAUCCUUGGUAGCGCUUCACGCAAGUGCAUCCUGAUUCCUGAUUCCUGACCUGAGAAAUCGAUCAUAUUCAGAUUAGUAACUCGUUUGUUGCCAACGAAUAACUUUUUUUGGUUCUUUCUUUUUUCUGUUUUCACGCAGCCAACAAGUCACUCCCAUGUAAAAGAGUAGUUCAUUUUAGAGUUUCAAAAACACUAAUGAAAUAAUGUUAAAAAU